UGAACAUUUUUAAAAUGUGCUGGAAGGUGCAUUCCUGAAUCAUAAGCGCAGGCCUGGCUGCUGAAAACAUAGUAGAGUCAAUCAGGGCCAGUUGUUCAUAGGAUGAGUAAAAGUGUGAGCUCAACUGGUUUGAAACAGGUCUACAUUGUACAGAGAACUCGUGUUACUGACACAGGUAUGGCAGGCAUGCCACUUACUUGGAAUAAGAGUUUAAAUACGAGGUAGCCAGCUGCCGUCCUUUGCAGCUCAGAGCUGGCUGAAGAGCUGCUGCUGACAGUUCCAGCACAAAGUCCGGAUUAUUUUAACAACCCAACGACAAGAGACCUGCAGAGGGCCCGGAUGAGACGCAAGCAUGGUGCCGCUGUUGAACCCAAUGACUUUGUGAUGACAGCAAAGGUGUUCACAAAACAGCAGGAGUUUUCAGCCGUCUUAUCGCUCCACCUCAGCAAGCAGAGGAGGACUUGGACCAUCAAGAAAGAUGUUUUUUGUGGCUGGAGUCAGAAAUGCGGCAGAAUCAGGAAGAGGAAACGAAAGGAGGUCAAUCUACCAGAAGUUUCGUGAGGUAGAUCUAUUGGACAAAAAGAAGACUGUGACAGCUCUGCAGGCCGGAGAAGAUCGAGCCAUCCUCCUGGGACUUGGAAUGAUCUUGUCUUCGUUCAUGAUGUAUUUUGUCCUGGGUAUCACCAUUUUGCGCUAUUAUGCUGAAAGUGUGUGGACAGAGGAGGGUGUGUGUGUUGUACUCAACUCUACGGUCACUGCAGACAUGAACUGUUCCUACCACUGCGGGUCAGACUGCUGGAGGGUGUCCAAAUACCCCUGCCUGCAGGUCUAUGUGAGCGUCAAUAACACAGGCCGGGUCUGUCGUUUAUCUCACAACGAGGAGACCCAGGAUGCCAGCUCUGAAUGCGUUUACGUGCCACGCUGCCAGAAAGACAGCACAGCCAUGCAGACCAUCAAGGACAUGAUUGUGAAUAUUUCCCUUCACCUGAAGGUGAACAAGCAGGUAACCUGUUACUACGACCCCAGCGAGGAGCAGGACACCGUCCUUCUGACCCGAAUCUACAACCACAGCAUGGUCAUCCACUCACUGCUGUGGCCUUCCUGCAUGCUCUUUGGGGGGGCCCUCAUCAUUCUGAUGGUCAAGCUCACCCAGUACCUCUCCAGACUUUGUGAGGAGAUAGGGAAGAUCAAGACGUAAAAUAUUUUUGCAGCAGCAGCUGCAAGAGCCGGCCUUGCACCAAUGACGUGGAACAUGAAAGGGAUUGUUUCAACCAAAGCAACCUGACCUCUGGCAAACUUUCUCCCUUGACUCAGACACUUGAACAGCUGACAGCCAACGUGCCGUCGGUAUGUCUUUGUUAAUGAAAGUGAAGUGAAUCCUCCAAGGCCAAAAGAGUCAGAUUGAGGACGUAGAACACAUGGAUUUAAAGGACUGGAAAGAGUUUGAGGACAAUAACAAAUGUUCAUUUAACUUUAUACCAAACAAAGUCUGUGAUGUAACGGGAACUUUGAAAAGUUUGCAUCACUACAGGUUUCAAUAAAGCUGCAGCUGACGGCUUGUUUACCAAUGUGUAACAUUUCCUCAGCCAUUUCUACGGCAUCUUGUGGUUCUGAGUUACCGGUAAUAUUUUAGGUUUUGGAAUUAGGUCCCAUUCUAGUCUGUUAGGCUUCCAGCAAAAAAAGAUCUCAUUUCUCAAACUGCAUUUUCUUUUGUCAGCUCCUGAUUCACAAUGACAUGAAUAACAAAGUACUCAGAAAUACAAACUUAAGAUGAAUUUCCUUUAUUUGUGUCUUCCUUCAGAAAAAUGCCACAAGAUCGUGUUUAAAACACCAAAAACAGGACUUUCAUCAGAGCAGGUCUUUAAAUAGACACCAUCUGAAAGAGAACCCAUGUUCUAAAACCUUUAGAUACUGUACAAGAGUUUCUUUUUAAAAGCUACCCAAACUGUGUGUACUAAUGCAUCUCCAUACUGUCAACUUAAGCUAAAUGGAUCCUCAUUGGUCUUCCUCUUUAGCCCUGAGGACUGUCUGAGGACAACAUUUCUGUGAUUACCAACAAGAAAGUCACGUCCUGACUUGUUUGACCAUUUGCCGCAUUAAAACUGUUCAUUUUGAAAGAGUCUAGACACACGGAACACAACAGCCCUUCUGGACCGUGUUCAGGUUUCUUUUGAUGGAACUUUAUUUGGCACCAUGGAAUGUGUUUUUCUGGCUGUGGCUUCUGGAAAUAUCUCUUGAAGCCUUUUGUCAUUGACAAAAGCAUGCUGAUGGUUGUCAUGUGAAGACAUCCAAUGGAGGUCCAAGGGCUUGUCUCUUUUGUUUAGAGGUUCUUCCAGUUCUCUGAAUCUUGUGAUGGCGGUUUGGACUACAGAGAUAAAUGCAAAACCGUUGUUGUUUGUAAUCAUUUCAGGAUUAUUUCACACAUUACAACACCUAUCCCCAUUUUCCCUUGACUGUGUCCCUUUAGGUUCAUAGCUAAAACAUGUUACAGACCUGAUAUUAAUAAACUAAUUUAUUUUCUA